AUGCCUAACGAAACAGUUAAUUUAGAAUCAGCAGUAGAGACAGCAGCACUCACGAUCCUAGAGUUCGUGACACCACCUGGCCCUUCUAUUCCGUUACCCAAAAAUGACGAUCCCAAAGUGAUAGAACUGAAUCGAAAAUUUAAUGAAGCUGUGCCUCUUAUAUCUGAAGGAUUUCUGGCGCAUUGGUUGCCUAUUUUAAACCAAGUUGAAGAACAAUUGAAGGAAUUAGAGGAAAAACAAAAAUUUCUCAUUGAGGAAUUGAAAAACACAAACACUCGAUUUGAAAAUCAAGAUAAUUAUGAAUAUAUUGCACUAAGUCAACGGGCCUUUCAACUUAAAUUGUUCAAAGAACAACAAUUGGUACAAGUAGCACAGAUAAAGCAGCGCGAAAGAACAUUUGAUCAAACUGUUUUAGCCGCCAGAGUGGUAGAACAUACUCCAGUUGAACAGCAAAAUGUGGUCACAAAAGCUAUAAAGAAAAAGAAAAAAGAUAAGUCAAAAGAAAAAGGAAAAA